CAAAAGCCCUCUUCGAUUCUUCGGAAGGUAAAGCGCGUAUUCCGUUUUCUCCUGCAUCUAAACGAAGCAGGAACAAAGAAACAAUAAUUAAUUAAUUAUCUGAUUAAUCAGUUUAAUCAACAAUAAAGCUUUGAUCUUUGGGGGAAAUUGGGAUUUGGGUUUAAUUUAAUUUCGUUAAUUAAUAUGUAUUAAAUGGGUAAUCGGCCCACUCAAUCUCCCACCAUUUUCAGCUUCUUCCAUUUUCCGCAGAGAUAGAGAGAGAGAAGAGGGGUUUCCCCGUAGAGAAUGAGCAAAGAUGACGACGACCCAGAGGCGAAAGCGUCGAAAUCACAGCCGCCGGAUUGGCUGACAAACUUCCACCGCGAUCUGAUGGCUGGGGCGGUGAUGGGCGGCGUGGUGCACACGAUUGUGGCCCCAAUUGAGAGGGCCAAGCUUUUGUUGCAGACCCAGGAGAGCAACCUGGCCAUUCUCGGCAGUGGACGGACGAAGUUCAAGGGCAUGGUCGAUUGCAUCGCCGGGACGGUCAGGGAAGAAGGCAUCCUGUCUCUUUGGAGAGGCAAUGGCAGCAGCGUCCUUCGCUACUACCCUUCCGUGGCUCUCAAUUUUUCCCUCAAGGAUCUUUAUAGGAACCUGUUAAGAAGUGGACACUCUCAAGAUGGUCAUUUUUUGGCUGGUCCAUCUGCCAAUUUCAUUGCUGGAGCUGCUGCUGGCUGUACAACAUUGAUAAUAAUAUACCCACUUGAUAUUGCACAUACCCGCCUGGCUGCUGACGUUGGAAGAACCGAAGUCCGUCAAUUUCGAGGCAUAUACCAUUUCUUGUCUACCAUUCGCCAAAAGGACGGGAUUAAAGGAGUUUACAGAGGGCUUCCAGCUUCUUUACAGGGAAUGGUCAUUCACCGGGGACUAUACUUUGGAGGUUUUGAUACAAUGAAGGAAAUUUUAUCAGAAGAUUCUAAACGUGAUUUGCCAUUGUGGCAGCGUUGGGUAGUGGCUCAGGCAGUCACAACCUCUGCUGGGUUGUUGUCGUAUCCAUUUGAUACAGUUCGGAGGCGGAUGAUGAUGCAGUCUGGAUUGGAACAGCGGAUGUACGAUAACACAUUCGACUGCUGGAGGAAGAUAUAUAGGAGAGAAGGAGUGGUUUCAUUUUAUCGCGGUGCAGUUUCAAACGUGUUUAGGAGUGCCGGCGCUGCUGCCAUCUUGGUUUUGUACGACGAAGUCAAGAAGUUCAUGAAUUGGGGUGGAUUAUAGCACGAAAUCAUUCCCUGUCGCUUUAUCUUAACAAAAGAUUAGAGAUUUAGGACUAGAACGACAGAAAAAUGGGAAUUACAGCAGGAAAUAUUUUGUAAAGUGCAGAUGGGUUCGACAUUGUAAUUUAGUAACACGCAGCGAUGACAUUCAUCUUUGCCACCUAAAGCUUUUUGAGGCUCCGGCAAUUUAUUCACUGAUUUUUUUGUAACAGGCAGUGAAUGUUGGCAAAAACUAAAUUCAAUGGCUUGAUAGUAUCAACUUUUCUA